AUCAGACCAGGGUAAUCUGAUAUGCUGGAAUCCACUUGUUACGUGUUUGGCUAAGAAAGCAGGUUAUUUCCUCAAAGAGCUACUCUUGACUUGCAUGCUAGAACAGAAGGUCUGAUCAGAACUGUCCUUUUCCAGUUCUUCAACUGACAAGAUAUGGGUAUGACAGGAAGUAAGCAAGCAGGAGGGUCAGCUGAUCUGAGGAUUGUCCUGUUGGGUAAGACAGGAGCUGGGAAGAGCAGCACAGCCAACAGCAUUCUCAGAGAAAGGCGGUUCAAAACUUCUUGUUAUGGAAACUCUGAUACAGAUAAAUGUAAGGCUGAAACCAACACUGUUGAUGGAAGGAAAAUCACUGUGAUUGACACACCAGGGUAUUUUUGUACUGAGCGCCCUGAGGAAGAGCUAAUACGUGAAAUAGUCAAAUGCAUCACAGAGUGUUCCCCUGGACCUCACGCUUUUCUUAUAGUGCUAGCUGUGGGGAGGCAAACACCAGAGGAGAUCGAAACAGUGAAACAAAUUCUGAAAAAGUUUGGGGAGGGGGCUCUGAAGUACGCUGUUGUCCUGUUUACCCAUGGAGACCAGCUUGACGACAAUGUGACCAUCCGCAAGUUUGUGGAUAAAAAUGACCACCUGAAAACACUUGUCCAAAUGUGUGGAAACCGGUUUCAUGUCAUCGAUAACAAAUACUGGAACAAUCCCACUGAAGGCCACAAUGAUGAGAGAAGCAAAGCCGCUCAAAUCAAAAAGCUUAUGAACACGAUUGAUCAGAUGGUGAGGCAGAACGGAGGGAAGCAUUACACCAAUGAGAUGCUCCAAGCUGUGACACAGGCCAUUGAAGAGGAAAUGGUCAACAUAAGGAAAGAAACUGGAGGACAGUUACCCGAGAGCACGGUCAAAGAUAUGGCAAAAGAGAAAGUAAUGAAAAGGCUUUUUAUCCUGGCAGCAGGUGUGUCAAUAGGGGCUCUGAUAUGUGCAUUAUUCGGUGUUGGUGCAGCUGCAGUAUUACUUGUAUGUCUUCCAGUAAAAGUGUGUAUGGCAGGUGGUGCUGCUGCACUUGCAGCGGUGGCCGGAGCAAAUGGUGUAGUUGCAGCAUCAGCAGCCACAAAGAUAGAAACGAGAGCAGCAGUUGGUGCUGCAGCUGGAGUAGCUGGAGCAGGGGCCCGUGGCCAUGUAAGACUGCCAGAGAGGCCACAGAGAGAGCCUUUCAUGCUGUAACAGAACCAGCAGUGGAAACGUGUUAAGGACAACAUUGAUAAAAUGCAAGAGUGUUGCAAAAAAGUGAGCCAAUUUCCUUUGAAAUGCUGCAACCAAUAACGGCCAAGAUUCAUUCAACAAGCA